AGAGUGAAGGGUAAGGGGAGAGAGAGAGAAGCAGCAGAGGUCGUGGUGGCAGUGGCGGUGGUGGCAAAUUGGUAAAUUAAAAGCCCAAACCCCAUUUUCUUAGUGGAUUCGGAUGGCAGAGGUCGAGCCCAAUCAUACUAACGGCACCAGCAACGGCAGUACCAAUUCGAAUUCCAACCCCGCCGAUCAGCCGGACCGCCUUGUUCGUGUCUACGCCGAUGGGAUCUACGAUCUCUUCCACUUCGGCCACGCUCGCUCGCUCGAGCAGGCCAAGAAAUCGUUCCCUAACACCUAUCUGCUCGUCGGUUGUUGUAAUGAUGAAACCACUCACAAGUUCAAAGGCAAAACUGUCAUGACAGAGUCUGAACGUUAUGAAUCUCUUCGCCAUUGCAAGUGGGUAGAUGAAGUCAUUCCUGAUGCACCUUGGGUGAUCAAUCAAGAAUUUCUUGACAAGCAUGAGAUUGACUUUGUAGCCCAUGACUCUCUACCUUAUGCUGAUGCAAGUGGAGCUGGGAAAGAUGUGUACGAAUUUGUCAAAGCCGUGGGAAGGUUUAAGGAAACAAAGAGAACUGAUGGAAUUUCAACAUCGGACAUUAUAAUGAGGAUUGUAAAAGAUUAUAACCAGUAUGUGUUGCGUAACUUGGAUCGUGGAUAUACAAGAAAAGAGCUUGGUGUUAGUUUUGUGAAGGAAAAGCGAUUAAGGGUGAACUUGAGAUUGAAGAAGUUACAAGAGAAAGUGAAGGAACAUCAAGAAAAAGUUGGAGAGAAGUUUCAAACUGUUGCUAUGCAUCGUAAUGAAUGGGUAGAAAAUGCUGAUCGCUGGGUUGCUGGAUUUCUUGAGAUGUUUGAAGAAGGUUGUCAUAAAAUGGGGACAGCCAUCAGAGAUCGAAUUCAAGAGAGCUUACGAGGGCAGCAGUCGGGAGAAAAAUAUCUGCUGGAAAAUGGUAAGGUGGACAGUGAUGAUGGACAAGAAUAUUACGAUGAGGAUGAUGACGAAGAAUACUAUGAUGAUGAAGAAUACUAUGACGAUGAAGAAUAUUAUCAAGAGGUAUACGGGAAAGAUGGGAACAAUGAGAACGAAAAGGAGAACGAAAAGGAGAAAAAGAAGGAUGAGAAAGAAACGAAUGAGAAAUUAAAGUAGUAGGUUGGUAUGGAGUUCUGUACAAUGGUAUAAGGUUGCGUUUGAUGAUGAUAUAUGAAUUCCCUGCGGUUGAGAAGGGGAAUUCGGUCGAAACGUAUGUUUAGUGUAAUUUCGGGUUUUUUUGUUCAUCGCCAGUGUGCUUAGAACUCCAUUACAUGAGACAUAGUUAUACAUGAUAGUGCUAUUUGCCUUUGCGUUUCUGCUUC